AUGGCAGAGAUCACGAAACCAUUUGGGACUUCUCUUUUGGUACCAUCAGUUCAAGAAUUAGCUAAAGAAAAAACAUCAAGCGUUCCACAAAGAUACAUUCAACCUCAACAUGAUAACGUUGUGAUCUUCUCUGAAGCUAAUAGUAUCCUUGAGAUCCCAAUUAUUGAUAUGCAAUGCUUGCUGUCCGUGGAAUCUGGUAGUUCUGAAUUGGCCAAGCUUCACCUUGCAUGCAAUGAAUGGGGAUUCUUUCAGCUGAUAAACCAUGGUGUUAGCUCUUUCUUGGUGGAGAAAUUGAAGUUGGAGAUUCAGGAGUUUUCCAAACUUCCAAUGUCAGAGAAGAAAUUUUUUUGGCAGAGUCCACAAUAUAUGGAGGGUUUUGGACAAGCAUUUGUUGUGAGUGAUGAUCAAAAGCUUGAUUGGGCUAACAUGUAUUCUAAUUCCUGA